UUUCACAUUAACCAUUAUUUUAUUGUAAUUUCAAAUCUUUUAAUUCUGCAAUUUAAUUGUUUUUAAUAAUGAAAAAACCACAAAAUCAAUAGAUCAUCAAUGAUUAAUCAUUUUGCCAUCUGUAAAUAAACAUAGUUAACCAUUCCCUAUUGUUCAUUUGAAAAAUAAAUCUGUGUUUUCAGUUAUAAGGAUUUGUUAUUACUGUCUUCCUUCAUUAUCAAAUGGACAAACAAUUGAAUUGUUUUCUCGGGCUGAAGGAAUGAUCAACUGUUUAAUAGGAACCCUGAUGUAUCUUUCAUUCAUCAAUGGAGCCUGGUGCCUUGAAAGCUCCAUGGUAAUUGCCACAAAUCGUCCAACCAUGGUGAAUCUUUCAUGUUACUCGUGUUCAUCUCUUGAAGAUCCUUACUGUCUAAAUGUAACCAAUGCAACACAAGAUUAUCUUUCAAAGGAAUGUAGAUCCAAAGAGAAAAUGUGCUCUGUAACCCGAAUUGAAUACGAAAACUCCGAUCAUACUGGAACUGUUUUCUGGGCUUUAGAACGGAAAUGUUCAUCAUCGUGUAUUCAAGGAUGCAUAAUAUUAGGUGAAAGAACCAGACUACACUAUUGCAGUUCAUGCUGUUCAGAUGAUCUUUGUAAUACCAAUUCAAUGAGCAUCGAUUUGAAGAUGAACAAUUUAUUAAUUGUAACAGCAAUCAUGGUCCAUGCAAUUUUUGAAUUGUCUCUCAAUUUAUUCAAAUCACUUGCUUAAUUUGUACAAAAAAAUUUCGCUGUUCAACAUUCCUUCUACAUCUUAAAAGUAAUUAAAGAAAACUAGAUUUAUUUAAAAUCUUCA